GCGCAACCUGCGCCGCUUCGUAACGUCACAGGCCAGCGUUGAUGACGUGCAACCAGCAGUGAAGCCCGUUUCCCCGGCAGCGGAAGCUACGGCCGGUGGUUUCUCAAGGAUUGUUUUGAAGCAUGGCAUUGGGACUAAGGUGCUUUCGUUGGGUGCAGCCUGGGUUUUGCAACUCUCUUUCAGUCUUGACAAGGCCUGUUUCAGAAGUUAGAUUGAGGAGUGCAAAUGUAACCUGGAAUGACUGCCAGCAAUGUGGGGCCUACCCAACUGUGCCGAUCCGACAUUUUGCUACCAAGAAAGCCAAAGCGAAAGGUAAAGGACAUCCCUUACCCAGAGUCAAUAUUAAUGCAUCCUUGGUGGAGGACAUAAUCCGUCUCGAAGAGGUAGAUGUGGAAAUGAAGUCUGUGGUGGAAACCCUUAAGGAUAAUUUCAACAGAAAUCUCAAUAUAAGGACCUCUCCAGGGUCCCUGGAUCACAUAACUGUGACAACUAGUGAUGGGAAGUUUGCUCUAAAUCAGAUUGGCCAAAUCUCCCUGAAAUCGCCUCAGCUGAUUUUAGUCAAUAUGACCAAUUUCCCAGAGUGUACAGCUGCAGCUAUCAAGGCCAUAAGAGAAAGUGGAAUGAAUCUGAACCCAGAAGUCGAUGGGACAGUAAUUCGGGUGCCAAUUCCCAAAGUUACAAGGGAACACCGAGAAAUGCUGGUCAAGCUUGCAAAACAGAACACAAACAAGGCUAAAGACACCCUGAGAAAAGUGCGGACCAAUGCAAUGAAUAAACUGAAGAAAUCCAAGGACACAGUGGCCGAAGAUACAAUUAAACUAAUAGAGAAACAGAUUGGACAAAUGGCAGAUGACACAGUAGCUGAGUUGGACAAGCACUUGGCAUUGAAGACCAAGGAACUCCUGGGAUAAGAAAGAAGCUCCCAGUGAGUCCAGCUGUGGGAAGUCUGCAGAAGCAACAGUGCCCUAGGCUGUAGUUCCAGGCCAAAGCUUUGGAGCAUUGCAAUUGAUGGCAUUCUUCUCUCCUGUGCUUUUUUGUGUUACUUUUAGGAGGUGUCCUUUUUGGAUGUCUUAUUCAAGCCAAAAGAUUGUCUCCUGUCUCCCACCACAGCAUCAACUUGUAUAGGAUUGGGCCAUUAUAACUCUUAUCUGACCUUGAUAUGGACAGGUUUCAUUCUGGGCCUAGCAACAGGGGUAGCCUCUACUAAAUAAAUACCUGUAGUAAUGAAAUACACCCCUGCAAGGUUCAGUUUCCUUUGUUUGAUGUUCCUGAGAGAGCAGGAAUAUUAGUAAAUUAUGUCUUCUGUUAAGCACUACCUCAAGGAAAAUUUAAUGUGGGCUUUUCUUCCUUUUGAAUGAGAGUGGGUACAUUUUAUACUACUCAUUGCUCCUGAGUUUGAACUCCAUGUUCGCUUGUGGGGAACUUUACUUGUAAUUCUUAUUCUGAAGCCAGGCCUCAAUUUUAAAUGUCUCUGUAUUUUGCCUGUAGUGGGUUUUCAUUGAUGAAUUGGGUCUAAAUAAAAUGAAAUAAAUAAAAACAACCAACAA